AUGAACAAUAACAAGACCAUGAAAAUUAAAAAAUCAACAGAAAAAGGAUUUGAUCUUGAAUCCUGCUUCUUAAAAGGUGAGUCAGAUCACUAAGACGGAUACAUUAAAGAUGCUGAUUAUUAUUUUGAUUCAUAUUCUCAUUUCAGCAUCCACGAAGAAAUGCUUAAAGAUAGGAUCAGAACAAAAGCUUAUCAAAAUGCCAUUCUUAAGAACAAACAACUUUUCCAAAAUAAAAUAGUAUUGGAUGUAGGAGCUGGAACAGGCAUUCUUUCAAUUUUUGCAGCUUAAGCUGGAGCUAAACAUGUCUAUGCAGUUGAGAAUGCUAACAUAGCAAUUCAUGCAAAAAAGAUCAUUAGUGAUAAUGGGCUCAGUGAAUAAAUUACUGUUGUAAAAGGAAAGAUAGAAGAGAUUGAACUACCAGUUGAAAAAGUGGACAUCAUCAUUUCUGAAUGGAUGGGUUACUUUCUUCUUUAUGAGUCAAUGUUGGACUGUGUACUUUAUGCAAGAGACAAAUAUUUGGCACCUGAUGGACAUAUGUUCCCAGAUAAAGCCAUUAUGUACUUGGCUACCAUUGAGGAUGAUGAAUACAGAAAGUCAAAAAUUGAUUUCUGGGAUAAUGUUUAUGGUGUGAAUAUGAGUUGCAUUAAAUAAUGGGCACUCCGAGAACCUUUAGUUGAUUGCUGCAAUCCUGAACAAAUUAACUCAAACUCCUGUCCUAUUUUUGAAAUAAAUAUAAAGACUGUUAAAGUUGAUGAAUUGGAUUUUAGUCAUCAAUAUCUUUUGAAAGUUCAAAAAGACGAUUAUGUUCAUGCUUUGGUUGGAUGGUUUGAUGUCUCUUUUUCAAGUUGUCAUGUUCCUGUCAGAUUGACUACUUCUCCUUAUGCAGAAAGUACUCACUGGAAAUAAACCGUAUUUUACAUUGAAGAGCCUAUGGCUGUAAAAAAUAAUGAUAUCAUCUCUGGAAGUAUUGCAGUGAAAAAGAAUGCAUAAAAUCCAAGACAUUUAGAUAUUAAGAUUUCUUAUAAUUUGGAAAAUGUAUAUGGAAAAAACGAGCAAGUUGUGUUGUAUAGACUUAGUUGA